AUGAGUUCAGCAUCAAGGCAAAAUAAGAAAAAGAAAAAUAAAUUUGGUGCUACAUCUCCACCAUUUAUUGACUACUUGAAGGAAAUUUUGAGAAGGUACCCAGAUGGUGGACAAAUAUUGAAGGAGCUGAUACAGAAUGCAGAAGAUGCCGGAGCUUCAACAGUGGUGUUUAUUCACGAUGAGAGACAUUAUGGGACCCACAGCUUGUGGACUGAAGAGCUUGGAAAGUAUCAAGGACCCACUCUCUAUGCUUUCAAUGAUGCAGCCUUUACAGACGAAGACUGGGAGGGUAUUCAGAGAGUUGGCAGAAGCAUCAAACAGGAUGACCCAACAAAAGUUGGAAGAUUUGGGAUCGGUUUUAACUCUGUUUAUCAUAUUACAGACUUGCCAUGUGUCUUCAGUUCUGAACACCUAGCCAUUUUUGAUCCACAAAAGAUGAUGUUUGGAGAGGAUGAAGAAGGCUAUCGAUGGUCUUUGAAUGACAAAGAGGACAGAGAGAGCCUUUUGAACUUGAGAGAUCAGUUUCAGCCCUUUCAAAAUAUUGUCAGUCAAAUCAACAGUUGUUCCUGGGAGAAGGUCAUCAGCGAGGAGCAAUACUUCAAAGGAACACUCUUCCGUUUCCCUCUGCGUAAUGAGGCUUCUGAGAUCUCCGAUAACCUAUAUGACUCCGCAAAAGUUACCCAUCUAUUUGACAGUUUCACUGCUGAUGCAGACAUCAGUCUCCUUUUCCUGAGAAAUGUGUCAUCGAUUACUUUGCUGCAUAUUGAUGCCAAUGGCCUCUGCAACAAUAGGCUGAAGCUGAAAGUUUCAGUGACAAAUAACUUUAUUACUGACCAUUCUCAUAUCAAGCAGGAAUUGUUUGACAGAAAAACAUGUUUUAAAACUGUAUCACAGAUUUCCCAGCAAAUGGAAGAAACAAAGUUCCAGUGGCUUGUGACAACUUGUAUUCUGAAACAGGGAUAUUUACCAGGGAUUGACUCUCUAGCUAGUAAGCUGAGCUUCUACCCUCAAGCUGACAUGGCGUUUCAAUUAAAUGAAGGCAGAUCACUUUGCAAUGGGCGGCUAAGUUGCUUUCUGCCACUUCCAAAUAAUGAACCAAACAAAACUGAACUUCCCAUUCACAUCAAUGCUUGCUUUGGCCUGACAGACAAUCGGAGGUUCAUCAAGUGGCAAGAGGAGGAUCAGAAGAAUGAUGAGUCUGCGAUCUGGAAUGAGCUGCUCACAAAAGAGUUUCUUCCACAUGUAUAUCUCAUGAUGAUUCUAGAUGCUAUUCAGUUAUCAGUAGACUCAGCCCUGCCUUCCCACACUGUGUACAAUCUUUGGCCUGACCUAUCGAAGACUGUACAUAAAGAGAGAUGGCAUGAAGUUGCAAUAAAUACUCUGAAAGGUCUAUUUAAAUACAAGAUCUUUCACUCUGCUGAUGAUGAGCAAAUCUGGGUAUCUGUCUCAGAUGCAGUUUUUCAAGGAAACAAUAUACAAAGUGACACAAUGUCUGCAGUGUCAAAAUUGUUGAUUGCUGAAAGAGAAAACCUGGUCACAGUCCCAGAACUUGUUUUGAAAGAUGUUCAAGAAAUCUUCCCUGAAAGUGACACCUUGACAUGGGUGACUCCAUCUUAUGUUAGAGAUGUCCUACACAGGAGGGAGGCUGAAAAUCUCACUAAAGAUGACAAAUACGCUCUUCUUGAAUUUGCUCUCAGUGAUGAAAAGUACACAGAGUUACGAGGACUGAAGCUUCUGCCUUUCAGCGAUGGAACCUUUACUUCAUUUGGCAAUGGAGUGCAGAACACUGUUCUGAUUGACAAUGAGAGGUUUCCAAGAACAUUGCUGCCAUUUUGUAAAGAAUGGUUUUUACCCAACGAUCUGAGCCAUUUUUGCACUAUGCAACUAAGGGAACUGGCAACAAGGAGCAUAUACAACAUAAUCGAAUUGGAUGCACAACAUGUUGUUGCACUCAUGAGGAAGCACUUACCAAUGGACUGGAAAGUUAUCCAAGGUCACGUGACAUGGAAAACAGCCGAAGUUCAUCAUCCUCCAAAGAGCUGGCUGGUUGAAUUCUGGAAGUUUCUAAGCACUGAAUGGAAUGACUUAAGCAGCUUUAUUGACAUGCCUUUGAUACCAACAGAGCCACUGAGGAGUUCAGGCAAUUCUGUAUUGUUAGCAAGGUUGCAGAGUAAAACAACUUUGAUCUUUCAGAGUACCACAGGGUCCAACUUGCCAGAUAAUGUUCAGAAAGUGUUAAGGAUGGUGGGAUGUACAGUCAUAAAAAGAGAUGAAUGUCUUAGACAUAAUUGCAUUGAAAGUUAUGUUUUACCAGCUUCACCAAGAAAUGUUCUACAAGUCUUUGUAAACUCAAACAGAGACCAGGUCAUCAAAGCCAUUGCCUCUGCUUCAUCAAAUGAAAUAGAUGAGUUGAACGUUUACCUCUCUUCCUUGGAUUCUCUCUCAAUUGCUGAACAGGACCUACUUUCCAUGUUGCCUAUCUUCAGAAUGAUGUCUGGGAAAUAUGUUGCUGUUAAAUCAAAACAAGCAGUUUUUUCAUCCACCACUCCAGCCAUUCCAGAUGAUCUCCCAAUACCUGACACAAUUGUACAGUGUGCAAAUGUACCUGAUCGCAGACUUUUGACUCUACUGGAAAUUAAAAUUUUGGAUUCAGCUGAGGUGGCUGUUCAUUUGGUUGACUGCAUUAGGACAGGCUCUUGCAAAAAUGGUGAGGAACAGACAAUAAUAACCUGGAUACUGAAUAAUGGUAGCAUUCUAUUCUCACACAGUGAGCAGCUGCUCACAAAAACAAAAAGUUUGAGUUUUAUUGAGACAACUCAGGGAGAAUGCAAACAAGCCUCAAAUGUUUUUGAUCCAAGAAACAAGACAUUCCAGGACCUUUUCGAAACAGAUUUCUUUCCCCCACCUAUUUACACACAGACCCAGGAAAUGUUUCAGAGUUUGCAACGUCUUGGCUUAAAGAUGGACCAAAAAGAAAUAUCACCAACAAACAUACUCCAAGUCAUAAAUCAUAUUGAUAAGAUUUGUGUUUGCUCACCAGAUAAGGCAUUCACAAAAGCGCAUACACUUGUUCAAGUGCUGAAUCAGAAUGAUUUAUUUUCAAAAUUUACCAAUAUGCAGAUGGAAGAGCUAAUGCAAAGGCAGUGGGUGCCCUGUGAAAAUCCCACGUUUUUGAAUAAAAGCAUGUGCAGAAAUCUAAAUAGAGGUUUCUAUAAGCCUCCUGAAGUAAGAGAUUCAAUGUAUUCUUCAAUUGUUGGAUAUGUAAUGCCACUUACUGCUGAGCUGACAAGACAUGUCUGUAACCAUCUCGGACUUUAUGACCCCCCUCCUGCUGAAAAAGUCCUGGAGAACCUCUCUGCACUGAGGUCAAUGGUCAACGCAAAUUCAGACUUUCAGUUUAAAACCGAGCUGCACAGUAUCUAUAAAUUCAUGCAGGACAACAUGACAAGUUUCAGAGUUUUAAUGGAAACAAAAUGUUUCCCCUGGAUCUGGAAUAACAGUGAGUUUGUCUGCCCGGGAGAUAUAGUUUUAACCUAUCCUCUUGGAUUGGAUCUAAGCCCUUACAUCAAGAAAGUGCCUGAAGAGUUUUUGCAAUAUGAAAACCUGCUAACAAAAUUUGGUUUGAAGCAAACAAUGUCUGAUGAGGAGAUUGAAGACAUACUUCAUGACAUAAAACACAGAAUUGACUGCAGGUGUCCUCCUCAUGGAGACUCGACAGAACUUAAAGUGACACUUGACAUUCUUGAAUGGAUGCGAAAAAAUGAGAAACAUUUUAAGGACGGCACACCUGUGCCUGUCAUGGCACAAAACCAAAACUUUACUCUGAAAUCUUUGUCCAAAACAGUCUUCUGUGACAUCAGUGCUGAAGGACUUGAAGACCUGAAACAAGACAACGAGGAAAUCUAUGUAAUUCAUGAGGAAGUUCUUCUCCUCACUGCAAGAUGGUUGAAAGUCCCAUUCUUAAGUACUCACAUCUUAAAACCACAGUCCAUACAAGCAGAGCAAGAGUUCUUUGGUAUAAAACAAUAUGGACAAUCUGAACCAAUAACUCAAAGAAUUAAGAACAUUCUUAAAGAGUAUGAUGAAGAAAGUGACAUUUUUAAAGAACUCCUACAAAAUGCUGAGGAUGCUGGGGCAGCUUCGUGUAAAUUCCUUAUUGACUUCCGAAAACACAGAGACCCCCCCGAAACCCUCUUUGAUGAUGGAAUGGCCCUCUGCAAUGGACCAUGCCUUUGGAUCUAUAACAAUGAGCUCUUUUCACAAGAAGACUGGGAAAACAUUGUCAAAGUGGGGUCAGCAUCAAAGGAAAACACAGUUAAGAUGAUUGGAAAGUUUGGUCUUGGAUUUAAUGCUGUUUACCAUGUGAGUGAUAUUCCCUCAAUUUUGAGUGGGGACAGCCUUCUCAUACUUGAUCCAAAUGUCACCCAUUUGAAAAAGCACAUAAUCAGCAAAGGAAACCCAGGAAUUAAACUCAACCCAUUCCAGGAGCGGCUGUACAAAAGGUUUCCUGGACAGUUUAAAUCGUAUAAAAGCAUUUUUGAUUGUGAUCUCUCAUUGCAAAACAGCAAGAAAUCUUAUAAUGGCACCUUGAUUAAAUUACCAUUUCGCACUCUGGAGGAGGCAAACAAGUCAGAAAUAAGUUCAAAGGUAUAUGACGAAGAACGCAUUCAGAGUUUGAAAAAUAAUUUGACUGAAAACUCAGAAACUCACCUACUAUUUCUGAAGAGAAUUAAAUCUUUGUCCCUUCAAAUUGUCCCUGAAAUGGCAUCGACUCCUCCACAGGAUGAUCAGAUUCAGACUCCUCUCAAAAUAUCCAGAGAAGUCAUUACUUCAUUUGCUGUCUCUGACACAUUUCCCCAAGAGUUCAAGAGCACUUUCAGAAAUACUGAUAUCACAUACAACAACAUUAUUGAUGUCAACAGAGCACAAAUUGUUAAAAUAAUUCAAGAGCACUCAGAGAGAUCCCUCACACAGUACUGGCUUUUGCAUUCAUGUUUUGGAACACAGGAUUCUUUGCAAAUGUUCCAGGAAAAAACUGAUCAAGAGCAUGUGUUUUCAUUUCCAAUUGGAGGUGUAGCUGUACCUUUGCAUAGAGAGGCAAACACUAAAGCAUGGUACCCUGAUGAAAGCCUCAUUGGCCAGGCUUUUUGUUUUCUUCCUCUCUCAAUUGAGACCGGUCUGCCAGUCCAUAUAAAUGGUAGUUUUGCAGUCACAUCAAAUAGGAAAGGCCUAUGGGAAAAAGGAGUGAAGUCUGAGUGGAACAAAGCUUUGCUUAAAGAUGCUGUAAUUUCUGCUUACCUCACUACACUGCUUGAGCUGAAGAAAAUGGCCCAAAAUGGACAUGUCCAGAACUAUUUUUUCUACACAUUCUGGCCUAACAUAGAGAGAGUAAGCAAAACAUUUUUACCCCUGGUUGAGGCUUUCUACUCAGCAGUUGCACUGAUUGGCAAUGGUAAAUCUCUGGAUCUUUUUAGCAAUGGACAUAAUUGGUGUUCUAUGGACAAGGCAAGAUUUCUGAAUCCAAAAAUUGAGAAGAACCUAGCAGUUGGAGACAUAGCCAUGAAAGUGGUCUUGAGCUUGGGAGCUUCUUGUGUUGUUUCUCUCCCAAAAGGGGUAAGAGACAGUUUCUAUUCUUGUGGCUUUAAGGAAAUGAUCAAACAGAAAACAGUCAACUGGCCUGAGUUUUACAGCAUUGUGUUAAAGAACUUGAGUGCUGUGGACACACAUAACAGUAAUUUGCUUGUUCUGAAUGCCAUUGACUUGAAUGAUCCUGAUGUUGAUGACCUGUUGAAAAGUUACCCUUGCAUUCCAACACAGAAAUGUCAGAAGCUUCAAUAUAUCAAGCGUCUUGUGAAUCCAUCUGGCAAAGUGGCUUUUUUGUAUGAACUUGAAGAGGGGCGCUUUCUUGAAGGAACUGCAGAUAACUUUCUCUCACCAAAAAGGAUUCAACGACUUUCCGAUUUAGGAAUGCUGAGUGACCUCCUCCCUUUAGAAGACACCAUAGAAAAAGCAGGAAAGAUAUCUAAUUUUUGGAAACAGGAUAAAUCUAAAUUUCUUAAAUGUCUUCAGCCUCUCAUGCAGUCAGUGAAAGACUCCUCAGAAAAUGUGAAUUCUCCGCACUGGCUCACACUGUCUCAAAUACCAUUCCUUCCUGCCUUAGCUCCUUUAGUUCAUCAAAACAAGAUCAACACUGUUCUUAAAAAACCCUCUGAAGUGUACAUGGACAGUUGUCGUAAUUUAGUAAGCAUGACAGAAUUCACAGUUGAUCAUUCAAACCUUCAAAUGCAUGGUUGUGAUUCAGUUCUUCAAAAACUGAGAGUACAAACAAGUCCAUCAAUUGAGACAGUGCUCCAGCAGCUGCUAAACGCACACCAACACUGCAAUGCAUUUGAAAAAAUGGCGCUCUUCAACAUUGCUCAAUCUAGCUAUGAAUACCUCAACUCUUACUUGUUGGAACAAAAAGAUCCCAAUCCAAUUAUUGGCCAUGCUAAAUCAUUUCCAUUCAUCUUCAUUGAGGAUCACUUUGUUAAUGUUAAGGCAGUGGCCAGAAGUGAAGAAUUUGAACAGAAACCAUAUCUCUAUGUACUUCCAGUCAUCUUCUCCAAUUUUGAGAGGCUCUGGGACUGCAUUGGUGUCAAAAAACAAUUCACAGAAGAACAAUUUGUUACUGCACUUGAGGAAAUGAAGAUUUUAUAUGGAUCUCACCCUCUUUCCACUUCAGACCUCCAUAAUUGUGUUGCAAUACUCAUGAAUGGGCUGUACAAAAUCAAAAAAGAAAAGCUUACAGACUGUCUCAUACCUGAUGAGAGCGGUGUGUUGACAUCUUCUAAAGAGCUGAGAUUUAAUGACAGCCCAUGGAUGCCUGUCUCGGCUGGUGUCAAGCUCUCCCAUGAGCUGAUACCUCGGCCUGUGGCCUGUCAUUUUGGUGUAAUGACAACAAGACACCAUACUCUGAAGAAUCAUUUUGUCAGUGAGUUUUCCCUUCAUGCCAAAGAGUUUGGACAAACUGAGAAACUAAGUGUCAGAAUAAAACAUUUAAUUGAUGCAUAUCCAUCUAAAAAGGAUAUUCUGAAAGAGCUCAUUCAAAAUGCAGAUGAUGCAGAGGCAACAGAAAUUCACUUUGUGUGGGACAAAAGAAAACAUAGGACAGAAAAGAUAUUUGGAGAGAAAUGGGAACUGGUUCAAGGACCGUCACUUUGUGUGUAUAACAACAGAAUAUUUUCUGACGCUGAUUUGCAAGGUAUUCAGCAGCUGGGUGAAGGAGGCAAACAUGGGACUUUAGGGAGAACUGGGACAUAUGGAUUUGGCUUCAAUUCAGUGUAUCAUCUCACAGAUUGUCCAUGUAUCUUGACCAGUGACAAAUGGCUCUGCAUUUCUGAUCCAAAUUUAAAAUAUCUGGAAGGUGUAACAAAACAGUCCAUGGGCUGCAUGUUUUCAGUGGAAGAUGAAUUUAAAAAGUCUUUUGAAGAUGUUUAUCAUACCUUUCUUCCAGAAAUGUUUGAUCUCAGUUUUGGAACCAUGUUAAGGCUCCCUCUCAGGACAGAGCAAAUGGCAGAAAAAUCUGACAUAUCUAGACAUACAGUUACAGAUCAUGACAUGAAAGAACUUUACUAUGCCUUGAAAGAAGAUCCUGAAGGACUAAUUCUCUUCUUGAAACACAUCACAAAAAUACAGUUUUCAGAGAUUUCUGAAGAUGGAAAACAACCUAAAUAUCCUUUCAUUAUCGAAAAGAAAUACAAAGAGGAGAGCAGCAUGAUACACAAGGUAAACUUUCAUAGACAUGCUAAAGAAUUCCUCAUGUCAGGAACAGCAGAACCCUGCAAAACCAUCUAUGAAAUGCAAAUCUCAUCUGGAAAAAAACAAAGCAAGUGGGUUAUUGCAGAGUGCUUUGGCUUCUCAAACCAAAUUCAGAGAAAAAACAAACACAGUUAUUUCAAAGUUCCUCAAGCUGCUCUGAGUGCAUGUUUGAGUAGCUCAUUUAACUACAAAUUUACUGGUAGGGCAUUUUGUUCUUUGCCCUUACCUGGACAAACCGGUUUACCAGUUCAUGUGAAUGCAAAUUUUGAAGUUGAUUCUUCUAGAAGAGACUUAUGGAAAGAGGAUGGUGAUAGUCUGAAAACUGAGUGGAACCAGUCACUGAAAGUAAACAUAAUUUCACCACUUUAUGCUGACCUCCUGUUACAUCUCUGUUCACACAUGAAGAAAGAUACACCUACUGAUCUUGUAGUCCUCAAGACAGAGCUUAUGUCUUCUUGCCUUAAAUACUUUCCAUGCAUUUCUCAAGAAGUAGACAAUGUCUGGCAUGAGAUGAUUCAUGAGGUCUAUAGAUCAAUCAACCAUUGUGGCCUUCCUGUCAUACCUACGGUGCACGCUGUUCCUGUUGAGUUAUCACACGUUUUACAAGAUACAGAUAUACAAAAAUACACAGUUACCUGGUGCAGUGCAACUAAACCACAUACAGAAAAAUGUCCAUAUUUUACAACUGAAGACCAUGAUGGAAUUUUCAACAUUUUAGAUGACACUGGAAUGAAUUUAAUACCAUACUCUUCUAAAAUUAAUGAAAUAAAAGUUAACUUCAUAUUGGCUGGUGUGAAUGUGGCAGAAAUCAGUGCUUCAACAGUGAUUAAAUUCUUGAAGCAAAGAUCACUGAAUGAUCCUUCCCAGACAACUGGUAGUUUGCCUUUGCCUAUCAACCAGACUUUGAUCAAAAACAAAACAAGAUGUUCAAAACUUUUGAACUUCUGCUUGACAAAUGUCAAUGAGGAAAAUGUCCAUGUCAUCAACGGAUUGCCUCUUCUCCUCACACAAGAUCAGAUGUUAAGAGUCUUUGACACUAAAUCCCCAAAGCUGAUAUCAAGAUUUAGCAGUCUUUUCCAAGGACAUCAGGAGAUGUUUGCAGAUGUUUCUGUCGAUGAAAAUCAUGACCAAAUUAUGUAUGAUGGAAUGUUUAUUGAGGGCUUAACAAUUGAUGUUGCAGCAACAUAUUUGAAACCACAACUUGAACAAUUGCUCAGACAGUCAUUACCUGAUCAAAGAUGCCAGCUCUACAAGGAAGAUACAGAGACAAUCAAAUGGCUGAAAACUUUAUGGAGCUUCUUUGAUGAUGAUGAUGAUGAUGAUGAUGAUGAUGAUGAUGAUGAUGAGCAAAAUGAAAACCUGAAUGUAUUCAGUCAGAUAAAAAAGCACUUUGAGGACAGUCCUAUAUUACCAGUAAUCUGCCCCAGUCAGAAUAACAUAUGUUUCUUAGAAACAAUGAAGAACAUAUCAAAAGUAAUUCAGUAUAAAACUGGAAAAAUAGAAAACAUUCUCAUAAAACUGGGGUUCAUGAAAAUAAACUGUGACUUUUUCACUCAUCUCAGUUUUAAAUUCCGUCACAGGUAUAUGAAUCCAGAACUCCUGCAAACAGGAGACAGCAGUGGUGUUUUGGAGCAGGUUUAUCAUGUACCACAUCCGCAGUUUAAGGAGCUGUCUAAAGAUAAUUGUGCAGAUCUUCAGUGCUUCUUACAGUAUGGUAUCAGAGAUUCCAAUAACAAGAGUCAAUAUGUGUCAAUGCUCAAAUCUUUGCCCUUGUUUGAGUCAAUAUCUGGAAAACGGGAAAGCAUUGAUUUACACAGUAAGGUGUUCAUUCUAAAUUCUCAGCAUCAGAAUGAUUUUCCAAAUUUGUACCAGGUCGAUGGAUGUGACAGUCUCUUCCUCAAGCACAGCUGGGUGAAUUUAGGACUGGCAGAACAGCUAGAAUUUGAGAUUCUGAAUGAUUUAGAGUUCUGUGUACGGUUCAUUCUUCCUUCUGUGCACAAGAUGAAAGCGGCCAAGCUUCUUGAUUUCAUGCGGUUGUUAAUGGAACUUGGACCAGUGGAUAACUGGAUUGUCUCUGCAUUGAGAGAGGUCAGAUUUAUCCGAGAUAUCCAUGGUUCUCUUCAAGUGGCUUCAUACUUUUAUGAUGACACUGUACACCUUUAUAAAGCAAUGCUUCCAAAAGAGAGAUUUGUGCCCAAAACCUUUUGGGACAAUUUCCAAGGAAAAUAUACUGAAGCAUCUAAAUUUUUAAAUGACCUUGGAUUGAAACAUGAAGUGUCUGAUAAGGAAAUCAUUGAGUUUGCAAAACAAAUUGAAUCUGAAAAUGGAGACAACACUCCUUUAAAAGUUCUCAAGAAACGAUCACAACUUCUGUUUAAGACUGUUUUGUCAAAGAGUUAUAACACAAACUCUAAAUUAAUGAAUAGAGUUGCUAACAUUAAAUUCAUCUUCCCAGUGCAAAUUCAGCAAUCACUUUGUGAUUAUCACAAGCCCUUUGCUCAAGAGAGGCAGCUUGUUGCAAUCAAUGGAUCACUCAUUGACAGAGACCGUGAUAACCAAUAUCUGAUAUGGACUUCUAUGCCAAUCAUACCCUUAGAAAACUGCUCUACACAACAAGUAAUGAAAAUGAUGGAUGCCGGAGCAUUGGAGACUCCACCCCCUGGAAAAUUGGCUGCUAAUCUAAAAAACAUCUGUAAAUCUCAGUGCCAGACAGAUGUUCUGCUUAAAACAAGAACCAAGGUAAUUAUCAAAUCAUACGCAUACCUGCAGUCAAUACAUUUUGAUGUCUCUCUGUUCUCAGACCUUCCCAUUAUCCUUGUGGAAAAUGACACAACCCUUGUGAAAGCUUGCCAGGCAGUACUUUCACUGUCGGAUGAGCAUGAGUUUAGGCCUUACUUGUACAGCAUUUCCUUAAAUUUUAAUAAAUUUAAAGACUUCUUCAAGAAGAUUGGCAUAGAGGAAAGGCCCACCAUUGACCAGUAUAGCACUGUUCUUCAAGAAAUCUAUUCAGAUAGCUCUGACAAAGACAGCCUUCAGGCAAACCAGCAGAAAACUGUGAAACGUGUUGUACAACAGCUAUUUUGCCUGCUGAAAGAGGAACAAAAUAAAUCUUUUUUUCACAACAACCCACUUUAUCUUCCUUCAACAGAUGGAAGACUAUAUGAAUCCAACACUUUGUUUUUCAAUGACACCGUCUUCCAGCCCACAAGACUUGAGGAUCUUUUGGAAACCAAGCUGAAACUGCUAGAAAAUUUUUACUUUUGUCAUCUUGGAAAUGAUCACUAUGAACAUAAAACAUUGUUGCAGUUCCUUCCAGAGCAUGUCCACCCCAAACUUCUCUCAGAUGCAAUUUCUGAAAACCUGGUGGAAACAAGUGUCCAAUAUUGCGAUUAUGAAGGGGGGUGUGAAUUCAGUGGCUUGUUUGACAAGCACUUGUCUUCUGCUCCAUUUCUUCAUGGACUAGUCUGUCUCAUCAGAGAAGAGGAAAAAGGUGGGGUUUCACAUUCUGAAGCUGAAGAAAAGUGUGAAGAAAUAUUUUCUAAGAUUCAAAUCAUCUGUUGUAAAACUCUUCAAACUGAGCUUCUGUUGAACCUUGUGCCACUAGAGGGUAGUAAGGCUGAAACAGAUGUUUAUGUGAAAAAGCAGCAAAAUGGAUGCAGUUUCUACAUAAAACACAAUGAUGACAUGUCCCUCAAAGUAGUAAAUGAAGUUAAUAUGUGUCUUUCUAAAGAAAUCAAUGCUCUUCUAAAGAACUGUUUGACCACCUCAAGCCUUCUAGUCCUUGGACAACUUUUGCUGUGUGACAACAUGGAGGAUGUUGAGAAAACAUUAGCAAAUCAUGAGAUUCACAACAGUGGCCACAAGGAGGAUGAACAUGGUAGCUUACCAAAACCUGGAUGUUGUAUACCUGAAGAAUGGCAUGACUGCCUUGACAUGAACUUCUUCAACAACUUUGAAAGUGGAGAGUAUGUUGGCUUCAGCAAGGACAAUUCUGGUGAAUAUUUCUAUGCCAUUGUCAUCGAGCGAAUGGAUGAUCAAGCCAGACAAUUUCCUACCAGUUAUACAAUUCAAGUUGGCAGUGAUGACUUCAUUGAAGUAAGCUCUCUUGACCUUUACCAGUUUAAAAGGGAAAAUAAGGCAACUGUACCAAAAGGGUCUACUUGCACAGAUAUUGAACAUCUUUUGACAUUUGGGCCUCCACCCAAAAUAGUCUUUCCUGAAACAUUGGAAGAGAUCAAAAGAGAAAUUGACCAAAGCUUAAACGAAAUCUGGAAAAUGUCAAGUGAGGACAAACAAAAAGCUCUCAAACGUCUCUACCUCUGCUGGCAUCCAGACAAGAACCCAGACAAUGAAGCACUUGCCACAGAGGCGUUUAAAUACUUGCAAAACAGAAUUGAGGAACUACAAUGUGGGAAAACUGCACACAGCACAUCCUUGAACUGGAGAGAUUUCUAUGACAUGUGGAACACAGAGGCACAAAGUCACAGGAGGGGACGUGAGAGGUUCUAUCAGAACUAUUCUAGAAGGAGCUAUAACUUUUAUUCAUACCACAGAGAAACUCCAAGGCCAAACAGAGGAGAGGCAAAACGCUGGUAUGAACAAGCUCAAUGUGAUAUCAAAGCAGCUCAUAAUGACACUAGAGAAGAUAGUUCAGAGUGGUGUCUGUUUAAAGUGCAUCAGGCUGUGGAAAAAGCCCUGAUAGCAGCGAUGUACAGGGGAAGUGGACACCAACCCAACAACUACACAAUUACUAGCCUUGCUCAACAGGUGUCCAGUUUCAGUUCACAGCUGGGCUCUUUAAUGAACACCGUGAGGCAACUGACUGACCUUGGUGUUGAUGACAAAAAAACUCAAUAUCCAAAAUAUCACCAAUUUCCUCACAUUCCAAACAACCAAUUUGACAUCAACAAUGCCAGAAGGUCACUGGAUAUUGCAAAAAAGCUUUUAGAAAAAAUAGAAGAAUACAUAUCUUGAAACAUUUCAAAUCUACUGUUCUGUAGAGGCGGUCAUUAGGAUCUUUCUGGGAUCUGUUUAGCACAACUAACAUACACACUGGAAAUUCUUAAAUCUCUGUAAUCAUGUUUUGAUAAUAGUGAAUCUUGCUAUUGGUUUGCUUAAUAUUAUAUGCAACAUUUAUAUUACUCCAUGCUGGAUAUUAUUGUAGCAAAUAGCAGAGCAAGGCAUGAGCAAUGGCAUGGUCAUGGGUUCAAUUCCCAGGGAUUGAAUAAAAUGAAAUGUUUUUAUCUUAAA